AUGGAUGGGUUUAAAACGAAAUAUUCCGGAGGUAAAAGCUCCCCAAUCGGAUCUCCGGGGGGAGCAGUGGCGAACCAGAACAUGAAAGCAAGGCUGAAGAGUGUGAAGAUCGGAACGUGGAAUGCAAGAAGCCUCUUUGCAUCGGGAAAGUUGGAAAAUGUGGUGAAGGAAAUGUCAAGACUCAGCAUAAACAUUCUGGGAAUAAGCGAUGUCAGAUGGCCAGGCAGUGGUAAGUGUGGAACGAAUAAUGGAGUUUUCUAUUACUCAGGAAUAGAUGAUCCAAAUCAUCGGUAUGGUGUGGGAGUAAUUAUAGAUAAGGCUACCAAUGCAUCAGUUCAGAGUUUUACACCAUAUUCAGAAAGAGUCAUGAUGUUACAAAUAAAAACAUGCACAGGACACCUGAACAUCAUACAAAUAUAUGCACCAACUGCAGACUUGGAGGAAGUAGAAGUCGAGGAGUUCUAUGCGGAACUGGAAACAAUAAUUGCAAGCACUAAGAAAAGUGAUGUAACUAUAGUAAUGGGGGAUUUUAAUGCUAAAGUGGGCAAAGAUAAGGUAGAAGCACAUACAGGGGGUUAUGGACUGGAUUUUGAAAAGGCAUUUGACAAGGUAAGGCAUGGAGUGAUGUACAGGUUGCUUGACAACAAGGGCAUUGAUGCGGGCGAUAUAAAAAUAAUCAGCAAUCUUUAUUGGGGUCAGAAGGCGGCUGCAAGAAUAGAGAAUCAAUUGACUGAGGAAAUCGAGAUCCGCCGAGGGCCACUAAUCAGCGCUAUGUACUGCAACUAUUUUGCCAUUCUCGCCAAACAACUGAUGCAUGCUGGGUGA